CUGAAUUUUUAAUUUGCAUAUUCCCUGGGCGACAGGGGAACUGGCGGUAUAAAAUCCACCGACGACGGUUGAAAAGCACAGAUUCGUUCACUGAGACUCCUCAACAGUCGGAAGUGACAGUCAGUUCAAAGCCUUCAACGCUAUUUCUUUGUGAAAUCCUCGCCCGAAUAACCAGAACCAAUCAUGCGUGAGUGCAUCUCUAUCCACGUCGGCCAGGCUGGUGUCCAGAUCGGUAACGCCUGCUGGGAGCUGUACUGCUUGGAGCACGGUAUCCAGCCUGAUGGCCAGAUGCCGAGCGACAAGACCAUCGGCGGUGGUGACGACUCCUUCAACACGUUCUUCAGCGAGACCGGCGCCGGCAAGCACGUGCCCCGUGCCGUCUUCGUGGAUCUGGAGCCCACUGUAGUCGAUGAGGUCCGUACCGGCACAUACCGCCAGCUGUUCCACCCCGAGCAGCUCAUCACUGGUAAGGAGGAUGCCGCCAACAACUAUGCUCGUGGCCACUACACCAUCGGCAAGGAGAUCGUCGACCUGGUCCUGGACCGCAUCCGUAAGCUGGCCGAUCAGUGCACCGGUCUGCAGGGCUUCCUCAUCUUCCAUUCCUUCGGCGGUGGCACCGGCUCCGGCUUCACCUCCCUGUUGAUGGAGCGUCUGUCCGUCGACUACGGCAAGAAGUCCAAGCUGGAGUUUGCCAUCUACCCAGCCCCUCAGGUGUCCACCGCUGUGGUUGAGCCCUACAACUCCAUCCUGACCACCCACACCACCCUGGAGCACUCCGACUGCGCCUUCAUGGUCGACAACGAGGCUAUCUACGACAUCUGCCGCCGUAACCUGGACAUCGAGCGCCCAACCUACACCAACCUCAACCGUCUGAUUGGCCAGAUCGUCUCCUCCAUCACCGCCUCCCUCCGCUUCGACGGUGCCCUGAACGUGGAUCUCACUGAGUUCCAGACCAACUUGGUGCCCUACCCUCGUAUCCACUUCCCCCUGGCCACCUACGCCGCAGUCAUUCAUGCUGAGAAGACAUACCAUCAACAACUGACCAUAAGCUGCAAUAGCACAAACCCUGAUGGAUACAAAGGGCAGUACAUGGCCUGCUGUAUGCUGUACCGUGGAGAUGUCGUGCCCAAGGAUGUCAACGCUGCCAUCGCCACCAUCAAGACCAAGCGUACCAUCCAGUUCGUCGACUGGUGCCCCACCGGUUUCAAGGUCGGCAUCAACUACCAGCCACCCACCGUGGUGCCCGGCGGUGACCUGGCCAAGGUGCAGCGUGCCGUGUGCAUGUUGAGCAACACCACCGCCAUCGCUGAGGCCUGGGCCCGUCUUGACCACAAGUUCGAUCUGAUGUACGCCAAGCGUGCCUUCGUGCACUGGUACGUCGGUGAGGGUAUGGAGGAGGGAGAGUUCUCCGAGGCCCGUGAAGAUCUGGCUGCCCUGGAGAAGGAUUACGAAGAGGUCGGAGUCGACUCCGUGGAAGGCGAGGGCGAGGAGGAGGGUGAGGAGUAUUAGACACCUCGACUCCUGCAGGACCAGCAAAAUAACGCUCGCAUACACAAGAAACAUGCGUGAUGUUGCUUUUGUUGAAAUUAAUUGUUGAAAAGGAAAAAAGUUGGAAACUGUUGUGAGCACUCUGUUGAGUGUUUUAUGAAGUUGGAAUAAAAAGAAAAGAGACGUAA